AUGGCAACAGCGGCGGUGGCGAGGCCGAGCUUGACCUCCAUCUCCUCCGGGGAGCUGCGCAGCCUGUGGACGUGCGACUGCGAGCUGGCCUUGCUGCCUCUGGCCCAGCUCCUUCGCCUGCAGCCCGGCACCUUCCAGCUUCGCGGGGACCAGCUGGCUGUGCUGGGCCAGGGCGAACACUCAGCUGUGCGCGGGGGCUUCAAUGUCUUCGGCGACGGCCUAGUACACCUAGAAGGCCAGCUCUACAGACUCAGCAGCUACAUCAAGAGGUAUGUGGAACUGACCAACUACUGCGACUAUAAAGACUACAGGGAAACAAUACUGAGCAAACCAAUGCUGUUCUUCAUCAACGUCCGGACCACAAAAGACACUCCUAAAGAAAAGACCUACGCCUUCCUUGUGAACACAAGGCAUCCCAGGAUAAGAAGACAGAUUGAGCAAGGGAUGGAUAUGGUCAUUUCAUCUGUCAUUGGAGAGAGCUACCGGCUCCAGUUUGAUUUUCAAGAUGUGGUGAAGAGUUUCUUCCCUCCAGGAAAUGAGGUGAUUAAUGGAGACAAUUUGAGCUUUGCCUUUGAAUUCAAAGCAGACGCGCUGUUUGAUUUCUUCUAUUGGUUCGGGCUCAGCAAUUCGACCGUGAAAGUGGACGGGAAGGUGUUGAACCUGUCCAGUUCAAGUCCAGAAAAGAAGGAGACUAUUAAAUUAUUUCUGGAGAAGAUGAGUGAGCCUUUAGUUCGAAGGAGCAGCUUCUCUGACCGCAAGUUCAGUGUCACCUCCAGAGGUUCCAUAGAUGACGUUUUCAACUGCAAUCUGUCGCCCAGAUCAUCUGUCACAGAGCCUCUUUUGGCAGAGCUGCCAUUUCCAAGUCUGCUGGAAGCGGAGGAGACGCCCAAUCAAUUUGUCUGA